GAUGUCCUUCCUUGAGUUCCUUAUUAUAUAUAUCCAUCUAUCUAUCUAUCCAAUCUUCUGAACCUCUGCUUGCAAUUCUUUUCUGUCUCUUAUGAUUCAUAAAAAUUUACAAUAAAAAUAUUAUAUAAAUAUGGCUGGUGGAGAAAAAGAGCGAACGUUGGAGGAAACGCCAACCUGGGCUGUUGCAAUUGUGUGCUUUGUUUUGCUUGCUAUUUCAAUCAUCAUAGAACAUAUUAUUCAUGCUAUUGGAAAGUGGCUCAAAAGAAAUAACAAAACUGCUCUUUAUGAAGCAUUAGAGAAGGUUAAAGGAGAGCUUAUCUUGUUGGGAUUCAUAUCUCUACUCCUCACGGUGUUCCAAAAUCCAAUUUCUAGAAUAUGCAUAUCAAAGAAUGUUGCUUCAACGUGGCAUCCAUGUGCUGUCCCAAAGAAAAGUAAAUCUGGUUACGAAGAUUCUGAUAAUGAUGAUGGUGAUGAUGGUAAUCGUCGAAAACUCUUAGAGUAUUUAGGCAACAUACCUCGCCGUGUUCUUGCUACAAAGGGAUACGACAAGUGUGCAGAAAAGGGAAAGGUUGCUUUUGUUUCUGCAUAUGGAAUUCACCAGCUCCAUAUAUUCAUUUUUGUCCUGGCAAUUUUUCAUAUACUACAAUGUAUUAUAACACUAGCUUUGGGAAGAACCAAGAUGAGACGAUGGAAGAAAUGGGAGGACGAAACAAAAACAAUUGAAUAUCAAUUCUACAACGAUCCUGAAAGGUUCAGGUUUGCAAGGGACACAACAUUUGGACGAAGACACUUGAGUGCAUGGAGUCGGACGUCAGUUUCCUUAUGGAUUGUGAGCUUCUUUAGACAAUUCUACGGAUCAGUUACUAAAGCUGACUAUGUAGCAUUACGACAUGGAUUUAUCAUGGCACAUUUGGCACCAGGAAGUGAAGCCAAAUUUGAUUUCCAGAAGUAUAUACAUAGAUCACUUGAAGAGGAUUUCAAAAUCGUUGUAGGAAUAAGUCCAAUCAUAUGGAUUUUUGCCGUGCUAUUCUUGCUGACUCAUACUCAUGGCUGGUACUCUUACUAUUGGCUUCCGUUUAUCCCAUUAACUACAAUCUUAUUAGUGGGUGCUAAGCUUCAAACAAUCAUAACAAAGAUGGGACUAAGGAUUCAAGAAAGAGGAGAAGUGGUGCAAGGUUCACCUUUGGUUGAGCCUGGAGAUGAACUAUUUUGGUUCAAUCGACCAGGCCUCCUUCUCUCUUUGGUUCAUCUUGUUCUCUUUCAAAAUGCAUUUCAGCUUGCAUUUUUGGCUUGGAGCACCUAUGAAUUCUCGAUACAUUCUUGCUUUCACAAAACAACUGUAGAUGUUGUUCUGAGAAUUUCAAUCGGAGUCGUCAUUCAAGUUCUUUGCAGCUAUGUGACUUUGCCCCUUUAUGCUCUAGUCACUCAGAUGGGUUCAACUAUGAAAACCACGGUUUUCAAUGAUAGAGUAGCAACAGCAUUGAAGAACUGGCACCAUAGUGCAAAGAAGCAUGUCAAAGAUAGUAAGCAUGGAGAGGGUAACAACAGUGUGACACCAUUCUCAAGUAGGCCAACAACACCAACUCACGGUCUCUCUCCGGUUCAUCUUUUGUAUAGGCACACUGUGGGUCACAGUGAUAGUGUCCAAACCUCCCCAAGGAUAUCCAACUAUGAAAAUGAACAAUGGCAUCUUCAAGGUUCUCCUUCAACUACUAGCAACCAUGACACUGAUGAGAGGCAAGUUGUAGAGCAACCUUCCACACUAGAAUCACCUGUCAUCGGUGCUCAACAUGAAAUCAACAUUAGUUUGUCGGAAUUUUCUUUUGCAAAUAGGCAAAAUAGUAGAGAUUAGAUAUAAGUUCUCAAUAAGCUAAGUUCGAAUGCACUGCAGAAUAACUUUUGCAUAUGAAAUGCUUGCUUGUAGUCACGAACCAAAUGUAAACUAUGUUAAGAUGCAGUUUCGAAGCCCCAUUAUUAACUUGAACAUUAGUAAUGAAAAGAUUCUACUGAUUUUACAAACUUAGUUAAAGAGUACAA